UCUCUCUCUCUCUGCUCCUUCCUGUAUGCUGUAUGUGUGUAAAAUAAUGGCUUGCAGUGAGAAUUUCUGUAGCAAUUAUCUUGUUCUGAGCCCGAAAAAUGCAAGUUUGGUCGACAUCUUCCGCCUUCUAUUCUCAUCAAAUCUGGAGAAUAGAAGAUUUGUGGACUGCCCCAAAGACACGGAGGAGACAGAGUUUCGGCGACGUCAGAUCAUUUUUAUCUCUGUCAUUGCACAAAAAGUUCUCCUCUUCAUGGCAAAACCCAUGUCUUGGGUCGGAUCGGUGUUCGAGAGGUGGCUCAACCUUUUGUCAAGUAACCGCAAUUUGGCCGUGCUCUUGCUAAACCUCGUUAGAGGGAAUGUAGUGGUGCCCGAUGAAACAUCCGCAACUUUCACAUCAACAAUUGGAAAUUUAGACAAGCGAGUGGAGUUGGAUAGCAGCAUCACCCAUGAAAAUAACAGAUACUAUGCAGCGCUCUCCAUAAUGGCUGCUAAACUAGCCUAUGAAAAUGAAGCAUUCAUCCAAUCCAUAAUCACACAUCAUUGGAAGAUGAAGUUUAUCGGAUUCUACAAUUUCUGGAAUGAUUAUCAGGAGUCAUUCUCAACACAGGGCUUUAUGUUCCAUGUUGAACAGCCCGAGUUGAUUGUGGUGUCCUUCAGAGGCACUAGACCAUUCGAUGCAGAUGCAUGGCGAAGCGAUGUUGAUAUCUCCUGGUAUGAGAUCCCUGAGGUGGGAAGGGUCCAUGGUGGCUUCAUGAAAGCGUUGGGUCUACAAAAAGGGUCGGGUUGGCCUAAAGACAUAAUCCAACCAGCUGCAACAGCUGCAGAGGGAAAACAAAACCAACAUCCCUUUGCUUAUUAUGCUAUAAGAGGAAAGCUGAGAGACAUGCUGCGAGAUAGAGAAGGAGCAAAGUUCAUUUUGACAGGACACAGCCUGGGUGGAGCACUAGCCAUUCUCUUUGCAGUGGUUCUGGCAUUGCAUCAAGACGAGUGGAUGUUAAAGAGAUUAGACGGGGUGUACACGUUUGGGCAGCCUAGGGUUGGUGAUGAGAAGCUUGGAAAGUUCAUGGAGUCACAGUUGCGUUCUUAUGGUGUCAGAUAUCUCAGGUUUGUUUACUGCAACGACAUGGUGCCCAGGUUGCCUUAUGAUGAUUCCACUCUCAUGUUUAAGCACUUUGGAACAUGUGUCUACUAUAAUAGCUGCUACCAAGGCAAGAUACUGCAGGAAGAACCAAAUAAAAAUUACUUCUCGGUACUGAUGGUGAUGCCGAAGAUCUUGAAUGCAUUUUGGGAGCUGAUCAGGAGUUUCACUAUUCGAUUCAAAAGUGGAGCUGAUUAUAAAGAAGGAAGCUUGUUGAGAUUGUUUAGGAUGAUGGGGUUGAUAGUGCCGGGAGUAUCAGCUCAUACUCCUCAAGACUAUGUUAAUGCCACUAGAUUGGGAUCCUCGCGUUUAUAUGAUCAACUCCAGGGUCUCAAACUUGAAUGAAAUAUGAAUUAUACUU